CACAAAGUCAGAUUUAGGAGACAGUUAUUUUUCUUAUGAUUCAUUAUCCCUCUCACUCUCUUCUUCUCUCUCCUUUUCCUCCACGUCUCUUCUUCUUCUUCUUCCCCUCUUUCUAUCUCUUCCCCUAUCUAUUCUCAUUCUCGAUGCAAUUUUUUUUCUUCAUGUUAUGCAAUUUCACUCUCACACACAACUCUUUUCUUAGACUCACAAGAAAUCUUUUCCAGAAUAUAAAUCCCCUAAAUUAGAGAAUAAAACUACGAAUUGAGGUCUCCCGAUUAUCAAUCAAAUGGAAAAAGUAGCGCCGACAAUCAUAAGACGACCAACAACGUCAAGCGACAAUAACCGCAACCGAUAACCGAUCGGCCCUCCAGCGACCCCGACGUUCUCCUCCAUCCACCAGCCACGUUCAUCCGACAUUCUCCCGAUUAUCAUUGGUGAAUUUGAGGAAAUUGACAAUUUUAGNGGUAAUUUUUUCAAAGAAAGGAUCUCAUUUACGAGGAUUAAUGCACACAAGCCCAACCAUUAAUUUAUACUGGGCCUACCGUUGGCUUAAGAAAAGAACUGACGCUGGCCACCCGAAACCCGAAAAAAUCUUCUAUCCAUAUUUCAGCGCCAAAAAUGAUAGAGAUUCGUAACCAGAAGCAUGUUGUCCACUGCGUUAAUCACCCAACUUUUCCCCCUUUGCGAAACCAACAAAUUCCUCCGCCGGCGCCGGUUCCAUGAAAACGGCGAACACUUUAAGAUCUGUGUCGUGAAAUCCUCUUCAAGCCUGCCGGAGAUCGAGAUAUCUCGACCGGUGUUGUCCGACGACGAGAGGCGGGAGCUAUUGACGAGCUGGGAGAGUAUCAGCCUGCCGCCGGUGAAGAUGGCGAAGAGGGUUAUUCUGGUACGACACGGGCAGAGCACGUGGAAUGCGGAGGGUCGGAUUCAAGGAAGCUCCGAUUUCUCGGUGCUAACCCCCAAGGGAGAGUCUCAGGCCGAGACCUCGCGCCAGAUGCUUCUCGAUGAUACCUUCGAUGUUUGCUUCUCCAGCCCACUUACAAGGUCGAAAAGAACUGCAGAGAUCAUAUGGGGUUCCCGAGAGGAGGAAAUAAUAACGGAAUCCAAUUUGAGGGAAAUCGAUCUCUACUCGUUUCAAGGCCUUUUGAAGAAUGAAGGGAAAGAAAGAUAUGGUGCUGCUUACCGUCAAUGGCAAAUAGAUGCAGUGAAUUUCAAUAUUGAUGGUCAUUAUCCAGUGAGGGAAUUGUGGUCGAGAGCUAGGAGCUGCUGGGCAAAGAUACUCACACACGAAAGCAGAUCAAUACUUGUAGUUGCUCAUAAUGCCGUCAACCAGGCUCUUGUGGCCACAGCAAUAGGACUGGGCACCGAGUACUUCAGGAUACUGCUUCAGAGCAAUUGUGGUGUGAGUGUGCUGGAUUUCACACCAAAACACGAAGGCGGAUCUGUGGAUAUAUGCCUUAACCGUCUAAAUCAGACUCCAAGUUCACCUCUAUCCGCUGGCAGCUCUGGAGGGAGGAAAGCAAAUAUGCGAAUUAUACUCGUCUGCCAUGGACUUUCUCAGAAUGAACAGGGCACAAAUUUAUACUCUGGGGAUAGCCCAAUGAACAUGCUUGGCAUAAUACAGGCACAGAAAACUGCUGAGCUACUUCUUGACGUGAAGGUGAGCAGCAUAGUCAGCAGUUGUGCUGUAGCAUCAGUUGAAACAGCAAAUGCAAUUUCCAAGGUUCAAGAAGCCGCCGACUGCUUGGGCGCUGAUUGUGUGCCGCGCUACGUGGAAAUGAAGCAGUUGCCGGACCUCAGUGUCGAAAACAUCCUUAAUCAGACAAAGCAAGAUGAGACGAGAAUGGCACUGUGGGAGCAGGCAGGGCUGAGCUGGAAGCAUUUACUGGACGAACUCUCAAAUGGGCCUGACUUUGAAAAUAAUGUGGUUUCAGUUGGGCACCCGGCUCUUCACAUUGGGCUGGUGGGACAUUUAUUGGGCCUGACAGAGGAGUGGCUGGGAUCGUUUCAUCUCGACCCAGGCAGCAUCAGUGUGGUCGAGUUUCCUGACGGGCCCGCUGGCCGGGGAGUGAUCCGGUGUACCAACUACACGGCGCACCUGGGGAGAUGGUCAGUACCUAUAACAAGAUCAACCCUUGAUGACGAGGACUUUUGAGGGUUGAUUAUGUAUUUGAGAGUUUAGUGACACGAAAACAUAGCACAAAGUUGUAGGGUGGAGGAUUUUUUUUUUAUUUUUUUAUUUUUU